AUGUCUGCCAAACACUUCAUUAACGAUGCCACGCAUCUGGUCAACUCGGCCUUGCACAGCAUCACCCUCACAAACCCCUCCGUCGCCCUCGACAAGGAUAACAAAAUCGUCUAUCGCCGACCCGCGGCCCCGCGAGAUGGCCAGCCCCGCCAGCAGGUCUCCAUCGUCAGCGGUGGCGGCGCCGGCCACGAGCCCAGCUUCGCCGCCAUGGUCGGCCCCGGCCUGCUGAGCGCCGCCGUGUCAGGCACCAUCUUCGCCAGCCCUAGCGCCGAGCAGGUGCGUGCGGCUAUCAUGAGCCGCGUCGACAAUGCCGAGCAUAACGCCGCGGGCAAGGAGGCAGGUGUCUUGGUCACUGUCAUGAACUACACUGGCGAUAUCCUCAACUUUGGCAUGGCCGUCGAGAAGGCGCGCGCCGCGGGCAUCAAUGCCGAGAUGGUGGUCGUUGGCGACGACGUCGGCGUGGGCCGCGCCAAGGCUGGUAAGGUUGGGCGAAGAGGCAUCGCUGGCACGGUGCUGGUGCAUAAGAUUAGCGGCGCCCUGGCAGCGCAGGGAGCCAGCCUCGAGCAGGUUGUUAAGGUGGCGCGGCUGACAGCAGAAAACCUCGUGAGCGUGGGCGCUAGCCUGGAGCACGUCCACGUCCCGGGACGGGCGGCCCCGGAUCCGAACUCCAAGGAAGCGCUGCAGGUUGGGGAGGUAGAGAUCGGCAUGGGCAUCCACAACGAGGCGGGCAGCGGACGCGACAAGGUCGAGCUGCCGGAGCUGGUGGGUAAGAUGCUCACGCAGCUGCUAGACCAGAGCGACAAGGACCGCGCGUUCCUCAACGUCAACUCGAACGAGGUCGUGCUCCUGGUCAACAACCUGGGAGGCGUCAGCGUCCUGGAGAUGGGCGGCAUCACCGCCGAGGUCGUUGCGCAACUGGAGAAAGACUACGGCAUCCACCCGGUGCGCAUUCUGAGCGGCACGUAUAUGACGAGUUUGAACGGGCUCGGCUUCAGCAUUUCCCUGCUGAAUGUUGUCAACACUGAUAUUGGCGGCCCCAGCAUGAUCCAGCUGCUUGACUACCCCUGUGAGGCAACAGGCUGGACAUCACCGAUCUCUAAGAUCACCUGGGAGGAGAAGAAUACGGCAACGAGGGAAGGAGAAUCCGGAGUGGGACAAGAAGUCAAGAGCAGUGGAUUGAAAUAUGAUGCUGCUGCCGCGACAAAAUACUUGACAGAGGGCCUGCAGAGCGUCAUUGCUGCAGAGCCCGAUGUCACCCGCUACGAUACCGUAGUCGGUGAUGGUGAUUGCGGCAUUGGCCUGAAGAGAGGUGCCGAAGCCAUAUUGAAGCACAUUUCAGAACAGCCCCUGAGCGGAGAUGCCGUAGUUGAUGUGGCCAGUAUUGUUCCUGUCGUCGAGAAAAACAUGGACGGCACCUCGGGCGCUCUGUAUGCCAUCUUCCUAAAUUCUCUCGUGCAUUCAUUGAGAGUGUUGGCCCCCGGGGAGGCAGACGCCAAGCUAUGGUCUGGGGCACUAAAGCAGAGCUCUGAUGCGCUGUCCAAGUACACCCCAGCUAGACCAGGCGACAGAACCCUGGUCGAUGCGCUGUACCCAUUUGUAGAAAUCCUUGGAAAGACUGGCAGCGUGCAGAAAGCCGCCGAGGCAUCCAAAAAUGCUGCUGAAGGCACUAAGGGUAUGCAGGCAAGCUUGGGUCGCUCCGUCUAUGUCGGUGGCUCUGGAUAUGAAGAGGUGCCUGAUCCCGGUGCCUGGGGUUUGGCCUGCUUUUUCCUCGGAUUGGCGGGACUGAAGCAAGGAGAGGAGGGAUGGGAGACGGUGUAG